CUUGCCUAUGACCCAAGUCCCAAUUCAAGCCUGUGAUUCAAGCCCAACUCAAACUCGUGACUCAAGCCUGACUCAAGCCCGUGACUUAAGCCCAAUCUAUAUCUGUAACUCAAACCCGUGA